UGCACAGCAAGUUAAACAGCAGAAGAAGAGCAUUCGUCUUCCUGGAAACUCCUUUGUGUUGAUAACGAAAGCAAACUCGACAGGAAUAAAAUAAAUGAGACUUUAAACUAACAUAAACAUCACAUUAAGGUGUGAAGUCAGUUUCUCAUAAUGGAGAGCAGUGAGAGAUAUUCAUCUCCUGAUUGCAGCUGUGUGUCUCUGAAGAGUGAUGGAUCCAUGAAUAAGCCUCCUUUAUUUAGUAAUGAUCCAAUGUCCUCUAACUGCAGGAUCUCAUCGGGAUGGAGAGGUUCAUUUCCUGAUCACAGCUUUGUGUCUCUGAAGAGUGAUGGAUCCAUGAAUAAGCCUCCUUUAUUUAGUGAUGAUCCAAUGACCUCUGACCCCAGGAUCUCAUCGGGAUGGAGAGGUUCAUUUCCUGAUCACAGCUUUGUGUCUCUGAAGAGUGAUGGAUCCAUGAAUAAGCCUCCUUUAUUUAGUGAUGAUCCAAUGACCUCUGACCCCAGGUUCUCAUGGAUAUGGAGUUUAUUUCCUGAAUACAGCUGUGUGUCUCUGAAGAGUGAUGGAUCCAUGAAUAAGCCUCCUUUAUUUAGUGAUGAUCCAAUGACCUCUGACCCCAGGAUCAUCAGGAGGAGGAAGAGGAAGUUAUCUUUAUUGGUAGAUCCCAGCUUUAUCUGCAGACCUAAUUAUAAACUACAGAGAGUCAAAGAACAGCUGAAAACAAGCAUGAAGAGCAUGUAUGAGAGAUUAUUUGAGGGACUGAAACUCCAGGAGAAUGAAACCCUCCUGAACAGGAUCUACACAGAGCUCUACAUCAUAGAGGGACAGAGUGAAGGAGUGAAUGAAGAACAUGAGGUUUUACAGAUGGAGAAAACAGCCAGAACACAACACUCACAAGACACUCCAAUCUACUGCAAUGACAUCUUCAAAGCCUCAGCUGAACCAGGAUGUGAGGAGAAAGACCAUAUCAAGACUGUUCUUACUAAAGGCAUUGCUGGAAUUGGAAAAACCGUCUCUGUGCAGAAGUUCAUUCUGGACUGGACUGAGGGAAAAGCCAAUCAGGAUGUAGAUUUCAUGUUUGUUUUUCCAUUUCGAGAGCUGAACUUGAUCCGAGAUCAUCAGUACAGUCUUCACAGACUUCUGCUGGACUUUCAUCCUGAACUACAAGAUCUGGACUCAAAGAUUUAUGAGGAAUGUAAAGUUGUGUUCAUCUUUGAUGGCCUAGAUGAAAGCAGAAUUCCACUGAUGUUUUCAGAUGUUCAGAAAGUUUGUGAUGUGACUGAGAUUUCGUCAGUGGGUGUGUUGAUGUCAAACCUCAUCACAGGAAAGCUGCUUCCCUCUGCUCUCAUCUGGAUCACCUCCAGACCAGCAGCAGCCAGUCAGAUCCCCUCCAAAUACAUCAACUGUCUGACAGAAAUUCAGGGAUUCAGUGAGCCUCAGAAGGAGGAAUAUUUCAGGAAGAGAAUCAGUGACCAGCAUCAAGCCAGCAGAAUCAUCUCACACAUCAGAAGAGCAAGAAGCCUCCACAUCAUGUGCCACAUCCCCGUCUUCUGCUGGAUCUCAUCCACUGUCCUACAGACGCUCCUGAAAGAAGAUGUGAGUGCAGAAAUCCCUCAAACUCUGACUGAAAUGUACAUCCACUUCCUGCUGACUCAGAUCAGCAUGAGGAAUCAGAAGUAUGAAGAGAGAGAUCCAGAGAAACUCCUGCAGUCCAACAGAGAAGUGAUUGUGAAACUUGCAGAAGUGGCUUUCAAACAGCUGAUGAAGGGCAAUGUGAUGUUCUAUGAGGAGGACCUGAUUGAGAGCGGCAUAGACAUCACUGAUGCCUCAGUGUAUUCUGGGAUUUGCACUGAGAUCUUUAAGGAGGAAUCUGUGAUUCAUCAGAAGAAAGUCUACAGCUUCAUUCAUUUGAGUGUUCAGGAGUUUCUCGCUGCUUUCUAUCUGCUUUACUGUUGUUUCACAAAGAACAAGAAGCUGCCGGAGAUUUUUCUGCCUGAAAUCAGAUCUUGCAUAUCUAAAGUCUCUCUGUAUGAUCUACUAAUGUCAGCAGUAUAUAAAGCACUCCAGAGUAAGAAUGGGAAGCUGGAUCUGUUCCUACGGUUCCUGCUGGGCAUCUCACUGGAGUCCAAUCAGAGACUCUUACAGGAUCUACUGACACACACAGAGAAGAGCUCAGAGAGCAUCAGGAGAACCACACAGGACAUUAAAGAGAUUAUCAAAGUUUCAGAAAAUCGUUAUGGUAAUCUCUCAGCUGGUCAGUCCAUCAAUCUUUUCCUCUGUCUGCUGGAAGUGAAAGAUCAGACUCUGUCCAGAGAGAUUGAGAAGUUUGUGAAAUCAGACAAACACUCAGAGAAGAAACUCUCUCCUGCUCACUGCUCAACAAUUGCCUACAUGCUUCAGAUGUCAGAGGAGCCACUGGAUGAGCUGGACCCCAAGAAAUACAACACAUCCGAUGAGGGGAGAAGAAGACUGAUACCAGCUGUGAUCAACUGCAGAAAAGCUCUAUUUUCUAGCUGUGAUCCCUCAGAUCAGCAUUGGGAAAUUGUGUCUUUAGCUCUACAAUCUUCAAACUCUGUCCUGAGAGAGCUGGAUCUGAGUAACAAUGACCUGCAGGACUCUGGUGUCAAGAUUAUUUCUGAUGGACUGAAGAGUCCAAACUGUCAGCUGCAGAUACUGAGUCUUGCUGGCUGUAAUCUCACUGCUGAGUCUUGUGAGAGUUUGUCUUCAGCUCUACAAUCCUCAAACUGUGUCCUGAAAGAGCUGGAUCUGAGUAACAAUGACCUGCAGGACUCUGGUGUCAAGAUUAUUUCUGAUGGACUGGAGAGUCCAAACUGUCAGCUGCAGAUACUGAGGUUGUCUGGCUGUAUGAUGACAGAGGAAGGCUGUGGUUAUUUGUCUUCAGCUCUGAGUUCAAACCCCUCACACUUGAGAGAGCUGGAUCUGAGCUACAAUCACCCAGGACAAUCAGGGGUCCAGCUGCUCAAACACAAACUGGAGGAUCCAAAAUAUAAACUGCAGAUACUCAAUGUGGAUCAUGGAGGAGAGUUCAUGAUGACAGCAGGACUACGAAAGUAUGCCUGUGAUCUCACACUGGAUCCAAACACGGCAAACACUCAACUCGUUCUGUCUGAUGAGAACCGGAAGAUCACAUUUGUGGAAGAUCACCAGCCAUAUACUGAUCAUCCAGAGAGAUUUGAUGAGGAUCCGCAGGUUCUGUGUGUUGAGAGUCUGACUGGACGCUGUUACUGGGAGACUGAAUGGAAGAGACGUGCUGAAAUAUCAGUGUCAUAUACAGGAAUCGACAGGAAAGGAGGGAGUGACUGUGAGUUUGGAUUCAAUGACAAAUCCUGGAGUCUGAACUGCUCUGAUAAAGAAUUCUCUGUCUGUCACAAUAAGAACAUCACUGUUAUCCCUGCUGAUCGUUCAUCCUCUAAUAGAGCAGGAGUGUAUGUGGACGUGUCGGCCGGCACUCUGUCCUUCUACAGCGUCUCUGACACACACACACUCACACACUUACACACUUUCAACACCACAUUCACUGAACCCCUCUGUGCUGGAUUCAGAGUUGAUACUGAUUCCUCAGUGUCUCUGUGUGAUCUUAAACGAUAGAGAGACUCUCUGUAAAUCUUCUUUCCGAUGUUCACAUACACACAAACUCAUCACAUUACUAAAGUAAAUCACAUUAUUAAAUUUGUAUUAAUUAGUUUGUCAUUGUCAUCUAGAAGCUAUAAAUCUAUUAUAUAAUCUUUAAUAAACAGAUUAACAAGCUUGUUAA